UAAAAAAUCAUUCAAGAAAGAAAAAGAAAAAAACUAUUUACAAUGUGUGGCUCAUCAGCAGCAUUACGCAUAAUAUUUAGUGUGAGUUUCAUGGUUAUUUUCUUUGGUGGUGGACUCUGCGAGGCUAGAAUGCAUGUAAAUGUGGAUAUCAUCAAUGAUAUUGGUCCAAAUGUUCAGUUGGGACUACACUGCAAAUCCAAGAAUAAAGAUCUGGGAACACAAUAUCUAGCCCCUCAACAGCACUGGGGAUUCAGAGCAAAUCUCAACGUUUGGGAGACAACUUUGUAUUUUUGCCGCUUUCGAUGGGGAAGUCAGUCUCAAUGGUUCGAUAUUCUCAUUGCCAACAGAGAUCAAAAAACAUGUGAACAUCAUCCUUGUGUUUGGAGUAUCAGACCUAAUGGUCCAUGUCGAUUAACUGGUCAUGAAGAAUGUUUCCCAUGGAAUUAAUGUUGAUACUUGAAUUAUGUUUGGUUGUAACAUGUUUUCUUAUUUUCAAGCUAAAGAAUAAUAAAGUUGUUUUCUUUUUUUU